CUACUUCUAUUCUGAAAUAGACAUGUCCUUGUCCAACAAAGGUAAAAUCCAAUUAGAUUAUUUUAAAACUAUCUAUGGAACCAGAAAGAGUAUGUUGAUGUGUUUCGACUACCGCUUUUCCCUCUGGAAAACCUUUUCUUUGUAGUUAAAAAUGGCUUACGUUAACCAGGAACACUUGCCGUCAUGUGGCCAAAAGUAGAACUUGGGUCUGUUUUGCUGACAGACGCCUAUUAUGCGGCCAUGAGUGCUGAUGUUGGUUGAGGGGAAAUUAUUUAUUGUAAUAUUUAAAAUACAUUUUUAAAUUGUACUCUGUAUAAUGACUAAAUAUUCAAAUUAUAAAUAUGCAUUUUGUACAAAUAAAGGCCUCAACUAUGCCUUAUCCCUAAUAGACCGCUGGUAACAUGAGUGCCUAUGUUGCUUUAAGAAAAAAUAGUAAUUAAUGACCAUUAUUUGUAGAAAAAAAUAUUGGAUUACAUAUUAUUUAUUAUUUAAUACAUUUGUACAAAUAAAUGGCUCCCUUCUAAUGAAUACCGUAUCCCUAAUAGGGGCCAGGUACUCAGCCAUGAGUGUGCAGUAUAGAGAUACAGUACAGUAGUAAUAGUAUGAAUGUAUGCAUGCAAGUAUUCAACUUUACAAGUUUAUACACUUGGUGUGAGUGUGCAGAUUAUUUGAGAACUUGCCUCUUUUGGCUCGACCACUCUGCAUGCCAUCCUUCACAGAGGCCGGGAGGUCACGUGACCCAGCCCCCACCCGCAAAACACUUGUGAUGUGUUGGCCUUGGGCCUCCUCAUAUGAGGAGCUUCAGGACCCGGAGGGGAGAGGAAACCACCAGUGCCAGUUGUGAAGCAAGAUGAUAGUGAUGAUGAAGUACUGGCUGUGGGGCGUCGUGUAUGGCACCCUCCUGAUGCUUGGUGACGUGUUGGCCACUUACCAUCUCCACGCGCAGAGCUUUGCACAGAGCAGAAACAACGGACGACCAACCACGCGGACCCUCAACCCAGCAAUACACAGAGGUGACUACACAUAUAGAGGAUGGUAUCACUACCACUACCAGCCACCAAGGAUCCCUCCACCGGAUGAAAGGAUGAGCCCAAUGUGAAAUGAAUGAAUGCAGGCCCCUGUAUCAUUUGACUACCUUCUGGAGACGAUGUACAAAGCCAGAAUAUUCUCUAUACAUCUGAGACUGUAUAAGUCAGCCGUGUUCCUCAUGGUUCAAUGUGCCACUCUUUCCAUUGUUCGACCAACAAUGCCGUCUGAGCUAACAACUAGCAUGUAAUGCCGAGCUAGCCUUAAUGCUGCCAUGUCGAUUACCAGAGUCACCGGAGUCUCAGUGCAGGAGCCGCAUUUUGGACCUGGUUUUCAUCAUCGACAGCUCACGUAGCAUUCGCCCCAGUGAUUUUGAGAAGGUCAAGACCUUCCUGGCACUCAUGGUCGACACGUUGGCUGUUGGCCCAGAUGCCACCAGAGUGGCCGUGGUCAACUACGCCAGCACGGUCAAGAUCGAGUUCCUGCUCAAAGACCACUUCAACAAGCCAGACAUGAAGAAGGCCAUCUCCCGCAUCGAGCCCCUGGCCGCCGGCACCAUGACUGGCCUGGCCAUCAAGACGGCGGUGAAUGAAGCCUUCACUGAGCAGUCUGGAGCCCGGCCUCCCUCCGGCGACAUUGCCAAAGUGGCCAUCAUCGUGACGGACGGGAGGCCUCAGGACCACGUGGGGGACAUCUCCGCCGCUGCCCGCGCCGAAGGCAUUGAGAUCUACGCUAUUGGAGUGGACCGCGCGGACAUGGCUUCUCUGAAGCAGAUGGCGAGCUUGCCUCUGGAGGACCAUGUCUUCUACGUGGAGACCUACGGUGUUAUUGAGAAGCUCACCUCCACGUUUCAGGAGACCCUGUGCGGUCUGGAUCCCUGUUCCACUGGAAAUGACUGCGAGCACACUUGUGUCAACAGCAAUGCCUCAUUUUACUGCAAGUGCCGCUCUGGUUAUAUCUUGAAUGCGGACCAGAAAACAUGUUGGCUGAAACAGGUGAAGGUAGAGAUGGUGGUGGAUCCUUGCAAGUGUGAAGCCAGACGGGCUUUCCAGAAGCAGGCGCAGGCCGCCAUGCAGCAGCUCACUGCUGAAUUAGCUGACGUAGCAGGGAGAAUAGAACGCCUGGAGGAGGCGCUGGGUCGUGUGUGACGCUUGACAAAGGGGCUGCCAGUGGGUGUCGGAGACAUGGACUGCUGCAACUUGUACAUGUGCUGCUCCAUGGCUGCUGGAUGGAUGUCAAGCAUGCAAUUGCAGUACACUGUCAUGGACUGUGAAGAUCACAUCUACAGUGAUGUCUGCUCUCUUUUACGACUAUGUCCUACACACAUCUUUAAAACACCACAGAAAUUUCAGAUCUGCAAUACAUUUUGUGACCUCAACUGCACGCGUUUGUAUUGUGUACAUAUUAGUUUUUUGUUUUUUUUCUAUUUUGGUAAAAUAUGAAAAUACAAUACAUUGUGUUCAAUAAUUUGCAUUUAAACUGUAUUACUUUUUAUGCUAAAGGUAUUAUAUUUUUUAGUUAUAUAUUGAAGAUGAUCCAUUUAUAUUAUGAGUUGACAUAUAUACUGUAUACUAGCUGUAUCUUUUGUUUGAAUAAAAAAAAAUUAUA